CAAAGCGACGCCAAUGAUAGGGACGCACAAAAAACCACAGUUGCAACAUGAAACUUGGACUGUGCCUGUGAAAUCCCUUACUGGUGGAGCUCGACAGCCGAGGCAGUCACGCCUCUGUUGUCCCUGCAAUCCAGCUUCUGCAAGAGAAGGCAACCGUUUUGGACCUACUUUAUUUCUGCAGUUAUCCACCAUGUCAAAACUUCUCAAAUCACGUAGAAGAGGUCAAGAUACUAUAGACAACGUGUAUAGUGAAGAUGAAGACAAUGAUCACUCUGGAUCGGAUGCUAUCUCCGACGAUGAUGACAACGACCAUAGCGGUUCGUCAGACGAUUCUGCGGACGAUGAUUAUUUCAGUUCCACUGAAGACGAAGACGACGAUGAAGAAGAUGACGAAGUCGAACACGAGCAUCAAGUAGAAGAAGAGGGGAAUUCAGAGAAAGAUGAGGACGGAUUAGACGAUAAUGACUUGGUUAGCAAGAAAGAGGAACAAGAGGCCCCGUUACAAACCCCAUCCCCAGAACGACAGCCAAGCGAACCUCGAAAGUCCGAAUCCGAAACGGUAGAAGUAAUUGACUAUAUGACAAAGCAACGUUCCAUGGAAGACUACACUCCAUCCGAUGGAACAAGUCAACCUACCGAAAGCGCGCAACCCGUGUCAGAACGUGAAAAGCGCAUCGAAGAACACCGUGAAUACAGAAAGAAGCUCGCACAGGAUCCCAGUUUUGUUCCAUAUGUAGGGCAAUUUUGGGGUCACGAUGAUCGUUACAGAGAAGAUACAUUAAGAACAAGCUCAGAACAUGCCUUUGAAAAAGCGAUGCUGUCACCGCAAGCACAAGAUUCUCGCUUACGCCAUGGUCGAAGAACCAUGCUGAGGAACGGGCGUACACCAGAAGAAAUCGAGACAUUGCUUAGCCAACGGUGGACCCACGACGGGUUUGAAGAAUUGAUGCGCUUAGAAGAACAAGAGGAACGUAACCGACGAAAUGGCGCAGAACGAAGGGAAAUGAGGUCACAGCACUCCCCAGGGACACAUCGCUAUCGCAGCCGGGAUACACGUCGCAAAGUGGAUGGAGAAACUGCCAAUCAACAGUGGCAAAAUAUCAGCACCAAAUCCGCGCCUAUUGUUGAAGAGUGGCCUGAGUUAGUUUCUGCAAUGACAUCGGCGAAUACCCUUACUGAAGUCAAAUCUUCAGACAAUCCCAACACAGUACAAGAGGCAACGCCGGAUGGAUGGGGUGACGUUGAAAAGGAGAGCAAGCCCGUGACCUCCGGAACAGUGGACCCUGUUGUUGCAGAGGAUUCAUCAUGGGGGAGCUUACCUGCAUCAGCAGCACCACCGGCUGAAGACGGUUGGGGUGCACCGGCUGUACAAGCACAAUAUGACAGCUGGAAUGACGACCAAUUCGGAGUCACCAAUACCAGUACCGCGGCGAAAGAUCAAUUUGGGAGCGCCAAAAAGCCGGCGGCCACUGGAAGAAGCAGAGCUUCUAGAGGAGAGAAACCACGCGGUGCUUCCAGCUUCAACAAGCAGUCUCCGUCAUCUCACGGAAAUAAGAUGUCGCAUGCCAAACCAGCGGUCAACAAAGCAAAGGCACUUGAUGAGCAAAAUGUCCAAACUGAUAAUUCAGGCGAUGUCAAGACUGAUUCUGCGGGAUGGGGUGAGAUUCAAGUUCCUGUUGAAAAUGCGGGCUGGGGACCGACGGCAGCCCUGAACGAUAAUGGUUGGCCCACAGAAGACACGAAACCGGUGACUACUGAGAAUGGAUGGUCGAUGCUCGCGGAGGGUGAUUCUGUGAAGGAAAACGGUUGGUCGACUCCCAAAGAAUCCAAGGCAAGCGCGGAAGCAUGGCCACCGUCGGCUGAUACAACCAAAAAUGUCGAGAAAUCUGGAUGGGGAUCGACAGAAACCGCAUCGUUACCGAAAGAGACCAAACAGGCAGUUCCUCAGGUUUCCAAGCCAGCUCUUGAGAAUGGAUGGGCAGUGGUUGACGAGGCCAAAGCAGCUGCUGAGAAUGGCUGGCCAGUGGUAGACACUGAAGCCGCAAAGGAGAACGGAUGGCCUGUGGCUGACGGUGCAGCAGCAGCAAUGGCUACAGCAGAAGAGAAGAAGCCAAUCAACGAUGCGCCGGCUACCAAUGGUUGGGGCGACCUAGGAACUUUGCAAGGUGAAGCUGCUGGAUGGAACAACACUGAUGGCUGGGGCACUUCUGCAGAGAACGGUUCCUCUUGGGGCCAAGUCGGUACGGAAUCCUUUGAUGCUGGAAGAAGCAACCAAACGACCCAAAAGAGUAACUGGCGUGACCGAAAAGACGAUAAAGCAUCGAAUGAAUGGAGCCAAUGGAAUAAAUCUUCGAAGCAGUCGCGCCAGCAACAACAACGAAAAGGUCGUGGGUAUCUUUCACAGAAGAAGCCUGUUUCAGAACCGGUUGUACCGGUGACCCAAGCUGAUACUUCGUCAUGGGGAACGAUCCCUGCGCCCGCAUCAUCUGUGGAGGCAACGUGGAUGGUUCCGGAAACUGACGCCGCCCCCGAGCAGCCAUUGCAAGACCAAAAUGAGGGCGAAGAAGACUCUGAUGUAGAAAUUAUCCUGGAAGCGGAAAGCGAUGCUGGAUGGGGCAAGGCCGCACAGAUUCUUGGUAUUCCCACUCCACCACCUGGUGUUGAAAUUCAAGAAAACGAUCGAAAAAGCCGUCCAUCCAGGGGGUCGAAUCAACCCCGUCGUGGUAAACCGAUGCAACGUUCACCCAGCAAUCGACCGGUGGCUACUUGGGAUCAACCGAAAUCCAGUCCGCGCAGUCAGCGAAGACCCGGUUAUGAUGAUGAUUGGCGCCGGCGGGACACGGAUACCGAUGGCAGUCCUGCGGGUAGCGUAAGAUCGAGUACGCCUUCGCAUUCUCAGAUGCAGCCCAUGGGACAGCCGCCAUUUUUCUACCAACAGGCUCCGAUGAUGGCUGGCAACGGUUCUGCCAUUGCGUAUGUACCGUUAAUGCCAGGUAUGGCCCCUGGAGGCGGACCAAUGCCAAUGCCGAUGUAUGCUAUGCCUUUCCAACCGAUGACCGUGCCAACGACUGGCGAUAAUAGUCCCUAUCAGGCGGCUUCUUCAGCACCCAUGGUCUCGAGCGCGGGGGCACCUCCUGGCGGUUUUGAAGCCAACGGCAUGGUCUAUUAUGGCAUGGAUGCGUCAACGAUGUACCCUUACUACUACUAUCCUGCACCGGUUCCCAUGCAUACAGCUACCGGAAGCCCGUCACCACAUACGCUCGGUUUGGAUCCUGCCAGUCAACCUGUAGAAUACGAAGAAGCAGAUGAAGGUUGGGGUAUCGCUCCCGAUCAUACGGCACACGAUACCGGCAGCGGGCAAUCUGCAGGACCCAACGAUUCUAGAGACUCAGCAGCAGACCAUCAGACCGUCCCCUCAACGCAACAACAUCCACCGGCAGGUGUAAGUUAUGAUGGUCAAUAUUUCUAUUAUCCAGCAUCUCCAUACUACAAUUAGUUUAAUACCUAUAGUUCAAAAAGAAAAGAAAAAAAAAGACAGAAAACGUCGUGGUAUGUGUAAAUAGAAAUCCUGUUCUGAAAUCGAUUAUGAUUGACGAAAAUACACCAUUUUUGUGAACUUUUGAAUGUUCAUUUUUGUACGUUUUGG